AAGAAACCUCUGAACUGUUCAUUAAUACAGUCAGGUAGGGGUUGAGACUCCACUGAAUAAACUCCGGGUUCCCAUUUGUUUCAGCCAGAUCCUCCCAGGGAAUCACUACAGGCUGGUUAGCCAAAAAGUCCUGGCUUUUUGCUCAAUAGAGGUCCUUACUAGAAGGCAGUAUGUCCAAUGUUACUUUGAGAAAAACGUCUCUCACAGGAAAUGAGAUGAAGAGCAGCACUCAGGGAGCCACACGGAAGCAGCAGGAUUUUCACGAGGUGAACAAAAGAAGAACUUUCCUACAGGAUAACAGUUGGAUAAAGAAACGUCCUGAAGAAGAAAUAGAUGAAAAUUAUGGUAGGGUGGUGCUCAGCCGACAUAAUUCCCAUGAUGCAUUGGACAGGAAAAUAAAUGAGAGAAAUGUGCCCAAAGCUACAAUCAGUCGGUAUAGUUCUGAUGACACUUUAGACAGGAUCUCAGACAGAAAGGACGCUGCUAAAACAUAUAAGGCCAAUACCUUGGAUAACCAACUAACCAAUAGGAGCAUGUCCACGUUUAGAUCAUCGGGAGUAACAAAGUUGCAACCUGGCGGUUCGUUGAAUGCAAACACCUCCAGCACCAUAACAUCCACUUCUGCUACUACUCCUGUAAAGAAAAAAAGACAGUCCUGGUUUCCACCGCCCCCUCCAGGUUACAAUGCCUCUUCAAGCACAGAAGCCAGGAGACGGGAACCAGGUUUUCACCCUCCAAUACCUCCAAAGCCCAGUUCUCCUGUUUCUUCUCCUAACCAGCCGAGAGGGGAUAAUAGGCAGAUGUAUCCACCUAAACCGGGUGUAUAUACAGAAACCAAAAGAUCUGCUGAAAGACAUAUAAGGAGUCAGGAUCUUGAUAACAUCCUCAAAGUGGCCACUUCACUUCAGAGAACUGACAAAGGUGAAGAAUUGGAUAAUCUCAUCAAAAUGAACAAAAGCUUGAAUAGGAAUCAAGGUCUUGAUGGUCUCUUCAGAACAAAUCCAAAGGUAGAUGAAAGAGAGAAAAGAGCUAAAAGCCUUGAAAGUCUCAUCUAUGUGAGCACCCAGACAGAUAAAGAUGGCAAAGGAGCCCAAGGCCUUGGAAAUCCAACUAAAGUUAAUCAAAAGACUGAAAAAAAUGAGAAAGGAAGACAAGAUCUGGAAUCUGUUGUUAAAGUGAAUGCCAGGAUGGAUAAAACAAGCAGAAGUGAAAACCUUGAUAAUACUAUCAAAGUGAAUCCCAAAGGAAAUGAAAAUACCACUGGAAAACAAGACCUGGAUGGGCUUAUUAAAGUGGAUCCUGAAACAAAUAAAAAUAUUAGGAGGGGCCAGAGCCUCGACAAUCUCAUCAAACUGACUCCUGAAGUAAACAGAAGUAACCAAGGUUCCAAAGACGUUAAUAACUUCAUCAAAGUGAAUCCAGGAACAGAAAAAAGUAUCCCAGGGGACCAGAAUCUCGACAUCCUCAUCAAAGUGGCUCCUGAAAGAAACAGAGCUAACCAAGGGAACCAAGAAUUGGACAAUCUUGUCAAAGUGAUCCCUUCAGCAAACAAAAGCAGUGAAAAAGAUCUUGAUGAACAUACUAAUGUCAACCCCAAAGCUGUCAAAAACACUGAUGGGAAACAAGAUCUUGAUAAACUCAUCACAGUGAAUCCUGAACAUUUCACAACCAACCAAAGAAACCAAGAUCUUGAUAACCUCAUCAAAGUAAAUCCUGCAGUAAUCAGAAACAAUCAGAGCCAAGACUUGGACAAUCUUAUUAAAGUGAAACCUUCAACUCUCAGAAACAAUAAUCGAGACCAGGACUUGGAAAAUUUAAUUGAAGUAAAAUCUCGUGUAUCUGAAAAUAAGAAUGGAAGGCUGGAUGGCCAAGUCAAUGGGUUCACCAAUGCUCUACACAACCAGUCCACAAGAACCCCUUCCUAUUCUUAUGAAGCCAGAAACAAUCUCAGCUCUAACACUGGACCCAAGCAGGAAGGACUAAAGGAUACUGUUGUGUACACAAGAACGUACGUGGAAAAUAGUAGAUCACCCAAGGAUAGCUAUCAGGAAAAUGUCUCUGGAAAAUACAUACAAACUGUUUAUUCAACUUCUGAUAGGUCUGUCAUUGAAAGAGAUAUGUGCACUUAUUGCCGAAAACCCUUGGGUGUGGAAACGAAAAUGAUUUUAGAUGAAUUACAAAUUUGCUGCCAUUCUACUUGCUUUAAGUGUGAAAUAUGCAAGCGGCCUUUGGAAAAUCUACAAGCGGGUGACAGUAUUUGGAUUUAUAGACAGACAAUACACUGUGAACCUUGCUACUCUAAAAUUAUGGCAAAGUGGAUUUCAUAACUCUCACACAUGGAAAUCAAGAUGAAAAGUUCUCAUUAAGGAAUUAAAAGUUACAAGUUUUAUCUUAAUAAUAUGUAAUCUAGAAAAGCUUUCACAUUGAAGAUCAACUCAUAUAAAAUUAACAAUUCUGCUAUUGUAUAAGUAAUCUGAUUGUUUUCAAUAAGGUCACACACAUAAAAAGAGGCAUCUGAUCUCUGGCUAGUAUUAGCAAUAAAAAUUUCAAAUGGCUCCAGUUACCAAUGUCAAAGGAACGAUGCUUCCGAUAAGCAGAGAGCAUCAUCACUCCAGCCAGGUCCAUUCACGCUCUGUAUGUCGGCUGUGAGUGGUGGUUUCCACUAAAGCCAAGUUUCCCAUUUCCUCACCUUUAUUUCUCUAAGAAUUCAGAUUCAUAGACAUUGUUGACAUCCUGAAGAACUGAAAGGAAGCAAGAUAUGCUUCCUUCAUCUGUAAAACAACUACUACCAGCAAUUUUCUCAUACAGUUUGACAGAAAGAUGUUAACAUAAAAAGUUUUUGGACCUGAAAAAUCACUAAACUUUCCAGAUCUCUGUGCUAUUAUUUGUAACAUAAGGGAGAUUGGAUAAAAUGAUGUCUAAGGUCCCUUUUGCUUCCCAAAUUCUCUGACUAUAAAGCAGAUUUUAGUUUGUGCUCUUUGGAAACAUAUAUACAUAUGUGUUUGUUAAGCCUAUUGAGUUAGAUAAGACAUAUCAACAAUUUAACUUUAGUGUCAUUGUUUAAUAACAGACAAAGUGUUUGAAAACUGUUUUAAAAACAGAAACAGAUUUAUGGGUAAUAGAUAAAAUCAUAUGACAUUUAUACCUUAUAUGUCAUCAUUUGUUAAAUUUUCUUUGUAUGCGUUUCAAAAAUCUGGGUAUACACAUAAUCUAUUAGAAGUAAUGGUUAUGGACUAAAAAGAUAUGUUCUUUAGCUUGUUAUAUAUACUCAUAUUACAUAACACUAUAUUUACUAAAGUCUUAUAAAAAUAAAAUGAACUAUCAGUUACAUAGAA